UUGGUCUCCCUCUCUCUCUCUCUCUCUCUCUUACGGUGUCACAGCGUUUAUUCUCUCUAAUGAUCCAUCUCUCUUUGAAAGCCUGACCAUCAAAGGAAAAACGUGUUCACUCUCUCUCAUGAUCCAUUUUUCUCUUCGAAACCCAGACCAGACCAUCAAAGAAAAAACCUGUCCUCUCUCUCUCUCUCUCUCUCUCUAGACAAGACUCCAACACGACCCUGUUUUGGUCGUAGUUCCUUCCAAAGCCAUGGGCAGUUGUAUCUCCCAACCAAAUCCACUUAACAACCACCACCACAAAGCUACCACCGCCACAAACAACAACGACGACUACCAAGUUGGAGAUCCUGAUCUCACUAACAUGAUUGAUCGAGAUCUUAAUUUCAUGAAAGAGACCACGACAGAGAUUCAGAAGUUUGUAGAUCAUAUGAAUGUGCAAAUCAACCAGGCUUGUGAGAAAUUUGAGGAGCUCAAAACAAGAGGAGGGAGUGAUACGAACGAACUUGACCAACUGAAAAUGUCUGUCAAGAAGUUGAAAUCCCAGAUUCCCUCCAAGCUUAAAAUCCAUUAUGAUGAUGAUUCAAAACCACAUCGGAAAUCAUGGUUUGAUGAAUCCAUUAACAGUAGCAGCAGCAACUACCAAGUCGACGUAAACAAGUCCGGUUAUUUGCCCAGCUUGUCCAAGGGGCCAAAGUUUGAUCACACCCCUGCACUUGCAGAUAUCCAUUUAUCUUUUUUGUUUUCUUUACGGAAUUGCCCAGAAAUGGCUACAAUAAAGAAAAGGUUCAUGAUUUACUUGUGGAUUGGAGAGGGACUUCUACCCCCAAUAAAGUCAAUGGACCAAAAUACAGAAGAAAUUGUGUUGGGGAAGAAGGCAGAGGAUUUUGUCAACGAGAUCUUGGAUGAGCUUACUGCGAAGGGCUUCAUCGAACCUAUCUACAAAAACUGUGGAUUGGUUGUGGAAAGCUACAGGAUGCCCCCUGCCAUUCGUUGUUUUUUAACCACUGGACCAUUUAAAUUGAUUCAAGGCUUCGCCAUGAGGUUUCGUAGCAUCGUCAACAUUGAUGCGGCUAUUAUUGAUGGAAGACAAGAAAGUCUUUUCAGAUGGUGCAACUAUUUGACAGUUGUUUACUUGGGAAGGUGGCAGAACUUGGUCACGCAUCACAUUAAAAUCCCAGAUAUCAAAAUUCUCAAUUUUCUCAAGAAUCUGAAACAAUUGGGGUUCUUAGCCUUUGAGGAAUUUCUUUAUUAAAGAACUUCCUCAGUUCAUUUCAAAACUAACUAAUCUUAAGAUUUUGGAUCUCAAAGCCUGUCACAAUCUUGAGGUGGUUCCAAAGUGGAUUGGCUUGCUUAAGAAUUUGACACACUUAGACAUAU